UCGGCUAGAAGGAACUGCUCGGUAAUCGGUUAUUAAGUUGCGCACCACCACCCAAAAUGGCACCAGUCUGUGGCCAGAUCCUGUAGUGUUGUGCGUUGUCGUCCAAACAUGGCGCUCACCAGCGCUCCGCUUUUCGUCGUUGCUAGUGUCGCCAUGCUGGCAGCGGUGGUCGUCCCUCGUGUGAAUGGCCAGUUUCAAACGAUAAACCAAAUACCGCUCGAGCUGCUGGAGCAUCUGAAGCGUGUGCCACAGCUAUGGAACGCAACGUCCGCCACCGAUCACGCCUGCCUUAAUCAGCUGGCUGUGUUUGCGAGCUCGUUCGAUGCUGGCGAACCGUGGGCUCUUAGCAUGUACGAUGCGUGGGGUAAAAACCCGGCCGGAAUACUGUUCGGCAAUGUGUUUGCGUUCGGCAACUUUGACCAAUGUCGGCGCAUCUCGCACCAGGGCGCACUGACGCAGAUUGGCGGGCAGCAUUGCACCCUCUACGUGGACUUGAGCCGCACCGGACUGCCACCGUCUGCGCCGCUGCAGUACGGUGUUUGCCUGCCGGAUGCCUGCGAACCGGCCCUGGUGGCACAGCUGACCAACGCCUACUUUGCGCCGAAUCAGAUGCUGGUGGUGAAUGGGCAGCAGCUAGCAAUGUUCUGCUAUCGUGAUGAGGCCAAACCCUAUCGGGCGGUCACAAUCGUAGCGAUUGUACUGUUUUCGGUGUACGGUGCGGUCCUGCUGCUGGCCACACUCGUUGAGCUGAUCUUCUUCUACCGGAAGCGGGAAGCUCCCGGGUACGUGAAACGCUUCUCCUUCUACACCAACGUGGUCCACGUGUACCGGAUCGUACCGCGCACCGUCGGCAAGGAUGGUGUGCUCGAGUGUGUGCACGGUGUGCGGGCACUGUCCAUGCUGUGGAUCAUCGUGAAUCACGUGCACGAUUCGGCGCUCGGUAUACCGACGAUCAACAUCCCGGUGCGGCGCGAUUACGCCGAAAGCUACUUCGGCGUACUGUUCCACCGGUUGGGCGGGAAAGCGGUCGACAUUUUCCUGAUGCUUAGCGGCAUGCUCGUAUCGCUCAAGAUGCUGCGCGAGCUGGAACAGACGAAGCGGUUAAAGGUGUGGGAACUGUGGUUGCACCGCAUCAUCCGCAUUACGCCCGCCUAUGCGGCGCUCAUUCUGUUCGGCAUUGCGUUCGUCGAUGUCGUCGGUGAGGGAGUGCUUCACAAGCUGGUCGCUGACGAGCUGCUGACCGCGUGCCACAAGAGCUGGUGGUCGGCGUUGCUGUACGUGCAGAACUACGUACACUACGAGUCGAUGUGCUUCGUGCACACCUGGUACCUGUCGGUGGACAUGCAGCUGUACGUUGUGGCCCCGCUGCUGGUCUAUCUGCUGUGGCGGCACGGCAAACGGUUCGUACCGGCAAUCGUGCUGCUCGCGCUGCUCUCGAUCAGCUGCGUGUUUGCCACGUUCAUGGUGAACGAGUACCGGUUGAAUCGGUCCGCUCCACGGGGCGAUGGGCUGAUGCCGCGCAAAACGUACCAUCCAACGCACGCCCGCAUGUCCGUCUGGUUGUUUGGCGUUCUGUUCGGGUACGUGCUGCAUCUGACGCGCGGCGCCCGGGUAAAGCUCUCCAAACCGGUGCUCGCACUCGGCUGGCUGUUUACGAUCGCGAUCCUCCUCGUGACGGGCUGGUCGCUGAAGCAGCUCUACAUCGGUGACUAUACGCGCAUCCUGCCGAUUGCGGACGCGUUCUACGAAUCGUUGCACCGCUCGUUCUGGGCGUUCGCCGUCAUGUGGGUCAUAUUCGUGUGCAUCAACGAGCAGGGAGGAAUAGUCGAUCGAUUUCUCGGCUGCCCGCUGUGGCAACCCCUGUCCCGGCUGUCCUACUCGAUGUAUCUCGUGCACAUUGCCAUCCAGGCCAUCACGCUGACGCAAGCGCUCAAAUUUCCCGUCGAAUUUACCGUGGUCAACGUAUUCUACACCUCGUUCGGGUUGAUUUGUCUGAGUGCCGUCAUGGGGACGGUCUGGUGCGCGGCGUUCGAGUAUCCGUUCUUUGGGCUGGAAAGGCAUGUGUUUCGGAAGAAGCAAGCGGCGGACUAGGGGGUUUCGAGUGAUUUGGUGAUUCCGGCAGUUUUGAAUAUAAAAAUGACAUCUUUGUUUGUUGUUUUUAUUAUUAAACCGUA